AUGGACUACAAAGUACAACAUUGGAGAUACCAUAUCCAAAACAGAAACAAAAAACCACUCCUAUUCAUGGAUCCUUCAGAUGUAUCUAAGAAGACUCAUCUUAGCAGGCUCUCGACGACAGUACGAGAUGUGUACUUGUCGACCAAAAUUGGAGACGCGACUGCCCCAUUACAGCCCAACCAAAUUUUUAUGCUCAAUGCCCGAGACGCCUCCGAUUCGAGUGACAGGCGUAUGGCUUGUGCCGGCGUCGAGAGCCUGCUAGGAUUAGCAUUGUGGUCCUCGAGUCUUUACCGCGAUUAG